AUGAGUGAUUCUUCAGAUACAGAACCGACAAUGCUUGAUGCACAAGAAAAGAAAGAAUUACGAGAUUUGACUAGAAAAAGAGGUGCUAUUAAGGCACGAUUAACUAAAUUUAAAGAGUCUAUUUCUCUUUUUCAACAAAUAAAACCUGACAUGUUAAGUAAAAUACAAAUUGAUGAGUUUACGCGUAGAAUGAGUAACAUUGAUACAGCUUACAAUGAAUUUCAGUCUAUUCAGUCACAAAUUGAAACAUUAACUUUAGAUGUGGACAAUGAGGUAGAACAAAGAGAUAGCAUUGAAUCUUCCUUUUUCUCCCUCCUUGCCCAAGCACAAGCCAUUGUCGAUUCUUCCUUACAUAAACCAAACAGCGAUAAUCUUCAAGCAAGAUUACACGAUGUUACUACAUCAAUCGCUCCUGGGUCUUUUGGUAAUAUUCGCUUACCCGAAAUAAAACUUCCUAAAUUUUUAGGAAAUUAUUUAUCGUGGCUAGAAUAUAAGGAAACAUUCGAUUCUUUAAUUAAUUCAAAUGACUCAAUGCCUGAUAUAAACAAAUUCCAUUACUUGAGAUCAUCGUUGGAAGGUGAACCUAGAGAUAUAAUUAAAUCGAUUGAGUUUACCUCUGCUAAUUAUAAAAAUGCGUGGCAAUUAUUAACUGAUAGGUAUAACAACAUUAACAUCCUUAUUAAUAAUCAUAUCAAGUCUUUAUUUAAUAUUGAACCUUUAAGACAUGAUUCACAUAAGGGUAUUCGUUUUAUUAUUGAUCAUAUUUCUAAAAACUUACGUGCAUUAAAUACGCUAGGUCAACCCACGGAUAAGUGGGAUACUUUAUUGAUAUUCAUGAUAGCUAGCAAAUUGGAUACUGUGACUCUUUCGAAAUGGGAAGAGUAUAAAAACAACAUGAAUUCCUUUCCUGUCUUGGAUGAGUUUACUCAAUUUUUACGUAACCGGGCAGAUAUGCUUGAAACUUUAUAUUUCAAUAAAAAUAAUUUUCAAAUUUCGACACGUAAUGAUAAUCAUCAAUAUACUUACAAUAAUAAUAAUCGUACUAAAAUAACAAAAACGUUUGUCACGUCCUCGUGUGACAAGUCUUACUAUAAGGCACCUACCUGUGCAUUUUGUAAUAAAAAUCACAGAAUAGUAGAAUGUACUGCAUUUAAACAAUUAAAGCCUGAAGGGAGAAUAAAUGAAUGUUCCAAAUUAAAUCUUUGUUUGAACUGCCUUCGAAGGGGUCACAAUGUAUCCCAAUGCACAUUAGGUACCUGCAGAAUUUGCAAGGGGCCUCAUAAUACAUUGUUGCAUGUUAAGUCUGAAAGCAAUACACAUUUAGAUAAACAAGACACAUUAACCCAUGCCUUACCAGUCAGCCUUACCGUAUCUUGUAGUAAACAGGUUCUUCUGGGAACUGCUAUAAUAAAUAUAAUCAAUUACAGCAAUAAUCGUACAUACCGGGCUCGAGCAUUACUUGAUUCAGCGAGUCAGUCUUCAUACAUUACAAAAAACAUGAAAAAUAUGAUAGGUUUAACUUCCCACCAUAUGGAUCCUAUUCGUAUUAUAGGUAUAAAUGAUUCAAAUUUCAGUAUUUCAGAAAAAUGCAACUUUGAUUUAUAUUCUUUGAAUACACAUUAUAAUAAAAAUAUUAACUGUUUAAUUGUGCCUAAAAUUACUGGUUGUCUACCAAACACAAAUAUUAAUAUUUCUGAAUUAUCAUUACCGUUAAAUAUUCAACUUGCAGAUCCCACAUUUUUUGAAUCCUCAGAAAUAGACGUACUUCUAGGUGCGGAUGUAUUUUUUGAAAUUAUAAACACAGAAAGAAUAUCACUUGGAGAUAAUAAACCUAUUUUACAAAGCUCCAAGUUAGGAUGGUUAGUGGUAGGACCUUUGGGUUUCAUUACAGACAAUAACACAAAAACCUACUGUAAUUUUAGUAAACAAAUUCAUAACUCAUUAAUUAAAUUUUGGGAGCUUGAAGAAAUACCUGAAAUUAAUACUCGUAAAAUAAAUCUGUCUCCUGACUAUGACUACUGUGAAAAAUACUUUACUGAGACUACUCAUAGGUUGUCUGACGGUAGGUUUUCAGUCUGUAUGCCAUUACGUGAAUCACCUGAAACAUUAGGGGAAACUUACCAUAUAGCCCGCAGUAGAUUUAUUAACCUGGAAAGAAAAUUAAUAAAAAACCCUGAAAUUAAAAAAGAUUAUAGUAAAUUCAUUAAAGAAUAUGAGCUUUUGGGACAUUUAACUAGAAUUAAUAAACCUAAUUUCGGUAUUUAUUUACCACACCAUGCUGUCCUACGAGACGGAAGCGAAACAACCAAACUUAGAGUUGUCUUUGACGCUUCAGCAAAGUCAUCACUUAGUAAAUCUUUAAAUGAUAUACAAUAUAUAGGUCCUACAUUACAGGAUCCAUUAUUUAAUAUUAUUGUUCGUUUUAGGCAGCAUCGUUACGUCUUAACUGCUGAUAUACAAAAAAUGUAUAGGCAGAUACAGUUAGACUCAUCACAGCGCCAUCUACAGUUAAUUUUGUGGCGAGAUACACCUGACCUACCACUUGAGAUUUUACAACUUAACACUGUCACGUACGGAACGGCGUCAGCUCCUUAUCUUAGUCAGCGCUGUCUUUUACAAUUGGCACAUGAGUGUAAGGAUAAGAGAAUUUCAGACAUAUUAAAACAUGAUUUUUAUUAUGAUGACUUGCUAACUGGAGCUGACACUAUACCGGACUUAAUUUAUAUUCAACAAUCUGUUACACAAUCACUAGCUUCUGCGUGUUUUCCAUUACAUAAAAUUCGUAAAAACUGUCAAAACGUAUGUCCCAGUUCUAAUAUAAUAAACUCACACUUAUUAGAUUCUAGUAAGAUGUCAAGUGUACUAGGUUUACAGUGGUCUCCUAGUACUGACAUGCUACAAUUUACUGUAAAAAUUGAUAACAAUUUAAAUAAAAUAACUAAAAGAAUAAUUUUAUCUAACACAUGUAAAUUAUUUGAUCCAUUAGGUAUACUUAGCCCUUGUACAAUUAAAUUUAAAAUUAUUUUACAAAAGUUAUGGCUGCUAAAAUUGGGAUGGGACGAUCGCGUACCUGAUGAUAUAAGAGACAGUUGGCAAAAUAUCGUUAAUAAAUUACACAUACUUACUUGCAUAACAAUACCUAGACAUAUAUUAUGUUGUUCAUAUGUGGUAACUGAGAUCCAUUGUUUUGUGGACGCUUCACAAGAAGCUUAUGGAGCUUGUGUAUACUUACGGAGCUUUAAUGAUAAGAGCAAACCAUCGGUAACCCUUGUGUGCGCCAAGACUCGGGUCGCACCGUUAAAACCUACCACUAUACCCCGCCUCGAGCUGUGUGGAGCACUAUUAGGCGCACGCUUGGUUGCCAAGGUGUGUCAAGCUUUACGUUGUCCUAUACAACGCAAGUUUUUUUGGUCUGAUUCCACCAUUGUAUUGGCUUGGAUCAAAAGGCAACCAAAGGAUUUAAAUUCAUUUGUAUGUAACAGGCUGAUUGAAAUUCAUGAACUCACAACCAGACAAUCAUGGUAUCAUAUACCUACUUCUUUAAACCCAGCUGAUCUGGCCUCUAGAGGUGUAGCGCCGGAUCAACUGCGGAAAUCAAAAUUGUGGUUUGAGGGACCACCCUUUCUAAAUGAAAAUGAGUCUCAGUGGCCACUGCAACAACAUAUAAAUUCAUGUAUAACAGAUUUACCUGAACUCAAAGUACACAUAAACAUUAUUAAUACACCUCUCUUAGAUUACAAUAGAUUUUCAAAAUUAAUAAAGUUAAAAGGAACCAUGGCAUACAUACAUAGGUUUAUAUAUAAUUGUCGUAAUAAUAAGAAACGUGAAGGAAGCUUAACUACAGAUGAAUUAUAUUUAGCUGAAUUAACUUUAACUAAACUUGUGCAACAUGAAUUAUUUUUAAAUGAGAUACGAUUACUUAAAAAUCAAAAAUAUUUAAAUUCAAAUUCACCUUUAUUACAGUUAACUCCAUUCAUUGACAAAGACGGACUGCUCAGAGUGGGUGGUCGCCUUCAGAACUCAGAACAUUCCUUUAAUAAAAAGCAUCCAGCGCUGUUACAUAGUAAACAUUAUUUUACAAAAUUAAUCAUGGAAGGCGAACACUUGCGACUGAUGCAUGCUGGACCCCAGCUGCUCCUUAGCUCCGUCCGUGAUCAGUAUUGGCCAAUUAAUGGUCGUAAUUUGGCACGAAGAAUAACUCGCGAGUGUAUCGUUUGCACUCGCUUACGCGGUAACACUAUGGAGCAGCUGAUGGGUAAUCUACCAGCUGACAGGCUGCACCCUGGAUAUGCAUUUCAAAUCUGUGGUGCAGACUUUGCUGACACACUGUUCACACAAAUAGAGGCUAUCCUAAAUUCUAGACCACUUACUCCCCUCUCAUCUGACCCCAAUGAUCUCUCACCUUUAACUCCGGGGCACUUCUUGAUUGGAAGACCUAUCAGUGCCUUGCCAACGUCGCCUCCGCCACUACAUCCUAACCGCUAUCAACUAAUUGAAGUACUAAGACAACAUUUUUGGUCUAGAUGGCGUAAUGAAUAUUUAUGCGAACUUCAGCAGCGUACCAAGUGGAAGCGUCGGCAGCGAGACAUCCAGGUCGGGGACCUAGUGGUAUUCAAAGAUGCCACCACUCCACCACUGAAAUGGAAACUUGGCAGAGCCGUUCAGCUGUUUCCAGGCAGUGACGGGCUUUGCAGAGUAGCGGAUUUCAAGACCAUCAGCGGGAUCGAGAGGAGAGCCCUAAACAAGGUCUGCCUCCUCCCCACGACGCUGCUGGGGGCGGAGGAUGUUCAGAACACUGAGAAGGGGGAGAGGGGUGCGGCAUCUGCCGGCACCGCUGAUCCGCGCGGCGACCGGUCUGCCUCUUCCCAUUCAGAAGUCACGGCGAGCGCCCGCGCCACUUAA